ACGCAGCGCUGUGACAGAUGAUGGAAGAAGGUGAAAAAAGCUCUGAGCGGAGCAGCCAUCUUGCCUCUGGUCGCCCGGAGAGAGAGUGGAAGUGAAGACGGAGAAGAGCCGAGUGGGAAGGCGCUAACCGCGGUUGUUUAUUUAAAUUCAGUCCGGGAUAAUUUACCACACGGUUCCACCCCCACAUCGAAGACACGCCGCGCGGAUGUGGAUGCGGUUGCGGUUUGCGGUUCAGGAAACCCGCUGACAUCAAACGGGCUUUUAGCUGCGGAGCUAAGCUAACGGCUAGCCGGGCCAGCUAGCUGCUCGAUGACCGAGCUGUGGUCGUCGGCGGCGGAUUGAGGGCUGCAGCUCCGGCUGAUCGUCGGAGGCUGUUUUCCAGACGUUGACUCUGAUCCCGGAUCGCACCAGCACCCCGAUGCUGCUCGUUGUGCACCCAGAUAUGCAGUGACGGUUGUGUUAUCUGUGGAUGUGUCGGUUAUUUGGGGAACACGGGAGGUUUAUGUAAACAGGAGCAGGAAUUUAGCAGCAGCUCGACCUAAUCCCGCUGCGACUCUCACGAAAUCACUGCAGAUCGAUGGAAACGUCCUCUGUGCUGCCUCACAAAUGAUUUUCUGCUCCAUUUGUACUCGAAGCUGAACGACCGCAUCUGACAGUUCCUGCAGGUACUCAUUGAAGCGGCCUGUUGACUAUCUGUGAGCCCGAUGAGGAGAUCCCACAGCCGGACCAUGGUAGAGCUCCUCCUCGGUGCCCAGGCCUGUCCUCACACUCGGGUUAUCUCAGGAUCUGCCUCGUCUCACCCAGCGUGUGUCCGUGAUUCCCGUUAGACGGACCGGACCGGAAUCAGCUUUUGGACCGGGGAAUGGUGCAGCUGCUUGGUGUCCAGUAGAGUCAGAGGCGGUUUAAAAGGACCGUGAUCCCGGUCCGAGUGUGGGAUUAAAACUGAAAUAAAGGAUUUAAUCUGCGGAUCCACCAUGGGAUCAGCAACCAAACUGGCCUUCAGUGUUUUCCUCAUCUCCUGCUCCUCGGGCGCCAUCCUGGGCCGCUCAGAGACCCAGAAGUGUGUUUACUACAACUACAGCCCGUUGUCGUCGGCGCCGGAGAACCAGGGCAACGCCAGCGAGGUGGUGACCUGCUCCGGGGAGAAGGACAAGAGGCUACACUGCUUCGCCACCUGGAAGAACGUCUCUGGGGUGGUGCAGGUGGUCAAACAGGGAUGCUGGCUGGACGAUCACAGCUGUUACGACAGGAACGAGUGUGUCGAGAGGAAAGAUGCUCCUGAAGUCUUCUUCUGCUGCUGUGAGGGAAGUUUGUGUAACGUCAAGUUCUACCACAGCCCCAACAGCAGCCAGACGCUGGUGCCCACGACCAACAUCCCAGUGACUCAGAGGCCGUCGGUGGUGACCACUCUGAUGUACUCGCUGCUUCCCAUCAUGGCCGUGACCGCCAUCGUCCUCUUGUCCUUCUGGAUUUACCGCCACAACAAACUGGCCUACCCACCUGUCCGGGUGCCCACACAGCACGCCUUUCAUAUCAUGAUCGAGGACCCGGGACCCCUGCCGCCUUCACCCAUCCUGGGCCAGAAGCCGCUGCAGCUGCUGGAGGUCAAAGCUAGGGGGCGCUUUGGCCACGUCUGGAAGGCUCAGCUGCUCAGCGAAUACGUGGCCGUCAAGAUCUUCCCCAUACAGGACCGCCAGUCAUGGCAGAACGAGUACGAGAUCUACAACCUGAACGGGAUGAGACACGAGAACCUGCUUCAGUUCCUCGGAGCCGAGAAGAGGAGCAUCAACAUGGAGCUGCAGCUGUGGCUCAUCACCGCCUACCACGAGAAGGGUUCUCUGUGCGACUACCUGAAGGCCAACAUCCUGUCCUGGUCUGAACUCUGUCUCAUCGCUCAGUCCAUGUCCAGAGGCCUUGCAUACCUGCACGAAGACAUACCUGGACACAAGGACGGACACAAGCCUGCCAUCGCACACAGGGACUUCAAGAGUAAGAACGUCCUGCUGAAGUCCAACCUGACGGCUUGUAUCGCAGACUUCGGCCUCGCUCUCCGGUUUGAGGCAGGAAGAUCUCCAGGAGACACACACGGACAGGUGGGGACCAGGAGGUACAUGGCCCCCGAGGUUCUGGAGGGAGCCAUCAACUUCCAGAGGGACGCCUUCCUGAGGAUAGACAUGUACGCUCUGGGCCUGGUGCUGUGGGAGCUCGCCUCUCGCUGCAAAGCUGCUGAUGGUCCGGUUGAUGAGUACCGACUGCCGUUUGAGGAGGAGGUGGGUCCACAUCCAUCUCUGGAGGACAUGCAGGAGGUGGUGGUCCACAAGAAGCAGAGACCGACCCUCCGGGAGUGCUGGCAGAAACACUCUGGUCUGGUGGUUCUGUGUGAGACUAUCGAGGAGUGCUGGGACCACGAGGCCGAGGCCCGGCUGUCAGCCGGCUGCGUGGAGGAGCGUGUGGUUCAGAUGCAGCGUCAGACGAACGUUACGGCGCCCGAGGAGAUCGUCACGGUGGUCACCAUGGUAACCAACGUGGACUACCCGCCCAAGGAGUCGAGCCUAUGACUAGGCUGAGGACCAAUCGGAGCGGGUUUUUAGACUCAGGUGACCUGCUGAUGGCGGUAGGACAACGCCAUGGACAGACUCCACCCUCUGACAUCACCUCCUGUUUUUUAUUUACUCCAGAAUAAAAGACUUUUUGUACGAUAACGAGACUUCAGUUUAAAAAAGGGCGACUUUCUCUGAAUGAUGCCAAUAAGAAGCAGAAUGUCUGUAUCCCUGCUGUGUAAAUACAGAUCAUUACUACACGUACUGUAAUCAAUCGCCUGAGGCCCAGAGGCUGAUAAUCAGGUUAUUGAUCCAGACGGGAGGCCUGUUGCUUCUCCUAAUGUCUGAACUGUGGAAGAAACGAAGCAGAGCGGCCCGUCAGUCAUCAGUUCUCUCAGUGUUGGAGGAAAGCAGGUGUUCACAGGUGAAAUCAGGAUCAGCUGUGAGUUCAUCCUCUAACAGGACAAUCGCUUUCACACCUUCUGUCUGUAGAACGUCAGAGAACCUCUGCCGGUCGAUGUCUUCCGAGGUCUUGAGACGAUCUGUUGCAGCAAACUACGUUCAGGAAUCGAACAAAUCGAGGCGUCUGAAGGUGUCGCUGCUCAGAAGCUGCUCUCUGAGGUUUUAUCAGCUGAAUUAUUUAUUGAUUAACUGGAAAGAUAGUGUCCCUCCAUCAUCGAUCAUUUCUGAUUUUAAAAUUUUACCUUUGGAGUAAAAAGACAAUCGGUUUCUUGUUUUUAGUCUGAGAAGAUCGUCCAUCAGAAACCAAAGACCCAGAGUCAAUCGGCCCGCUGAUCAGUAACACGAAAAAAAGAAGAGAAAAACACUAAUCAUUAAACAGUUUGGAGUCCCUCAGAAUAUGAAGAUUAGAAACAGCCUCCCCUGUUUGCGGUGAAUAUUUAAAGCAUGUCUGUGUUUAUUUUCCUCCUCACUCUGUUUCCUCCUCUUCCUCCCUGUUUGUGGUUCCUUCCGACUCUGAGCCUCAGAACCGACGAGUCGAACACAUGACCCGAAGUUUAGAAAUGUUUUUAUUUAUUUGCACAUUAAGAAGAUAAAAUGUAAAGAAAGAAAAUAAUUCAACGAUGGUUCGAAAUCCGAAACAUGAAAAAAAUCUAAUGCUUCUUGUUGCGAAACGAGGUCGAAGAAAAGCAAAAACGAAACUGUUUGAGUUGAUUCAUGGUGUGUGUCCACAGGAUCUGCCAAUUUGCGUUUUGAGCUGCGAUCCGGUGCUCCUCGACUUCUACUUUAUGCAAAUUCAAUGCAGAGUUCGGAGGUCCAAUGCAUCGCGAAACUUAUGUCUGAAUUAGCCGUCGUUCGACUAUAACAAGUACAGAUUCAGCAGCUUAUUUCCCGCCUCGAAUGCUUUUAGAAACACUCGUCGCUGAGCUGUUUUUGUAGUAAAAGAGAAAGUUUAAGCCGCCAUGUUGGUCCAACUCUUGUACCGGACUCAAGGUAUGUCUCCUCCACGCAGCUCUAUGCUCGGGCGUGCGCUGCACGCUCAUCCCGUCUGGGCUACCUGGUUGAUCCUGCCAGUAGCAUAUGCUUGUCUCAAAGAUUAAGCCAUGCAAGUCUAAGUACACACGGUCGGUACAGUGAAACUGUGAAUGGCUCAUUAAAUCAGUUAUGGUUCGAUUCGGCAAUUUCCCAAUUCCCAUUCAUGGCCUGUGGGAAACGUACUGCAUUAAAUGCUGGUUCCGUUGUUCGUCUCACCAGAGCUCAUUUGCAUAAAGUAGACCCGACUUCUACAAUUUGCAAAUUCAAUGUGGAGUGCAGAAGUCGGACGCAUCGCGAAACUUUCGUCUAAACUAGUCGUUGAACUAAACCGGGAUGGAACCAGCAGCUUAUUUCUGGCUUCAAAUGCUUUCAGAAACACUUGGCACUGAACUGUUUUCGUAGUAAAAGAGGAAGUUUGAGCCACUGCUUUGGUAUAACUAUUCUACCGGACUCAAGGUAUGUCUCCUCUAGAGCCGGCAAUUUCGCGCGUCCCAUUUAUUGUCAAUGUGAAACGCACCGCAUUGAAUGCUGUUUCUGUUGCGGCGCGUUUUGAGCUACUUUAUGCAAGUAUAGUGCGGAGGUCCGACACAUCGCGAAACUUUCGUCUACACUAGCCGUCGUUGGACGAAAACCAGGACAGAUUUAGCAGCUUAUUUCCCUCCUCGAAUGCUUUCACAGUCGUCACUGAACUGUUUUCAUAAUAAAAGAGGACAUUUGAACCGUGUUGGUCCAAUUCUUCUACCGGACCCAACCUGGAAGGUCAGUUUUCAGACAUGGUGUCUUUCUGUGCGAGAAAAUCGGAUCAUGUGGACACGUACAGUCAGAAACCAGAUUUGUUUCUUCUCCAUUCUCUCCUGUGUGCGUUGGGUUCCAGGCUCCAGAUGUUCGAGGCUGCAGAUGUUUGGUGGCUUCAGAUGUUUGGUGGAUUUUAAAGCGUCUCAGGAAACGUGUAGUUUUUGUUUCUGCCGCGACGGCGAAACACUCGUCGCUCUGCUUUAACUGCUUCACAAACUUUAAUCCAUCAGCCGGCCGCCGUUAAUUUAUUCCUCCAGAUGUUGCCGGCAGCAGCUGGUCCAGAUGUUUUCGGACCUUUUUAAACUGCAGUUUCAACACGUCGCUGCGUGUCAUAGCUGUAACCUGACACCUGACGCUUAGCUCCGCCUCCCUUCAGGCUGACGGGGCAUUCAACUGGUCGCUCACCUGUGCGGAGCCAGGAACAGGUGACUCGGUGUCGGCGGGUCUCAGACAGGAAGCCAAACCUGCACAGUUUGUACAUAUGAAUGUUGUUUGAGACGUCAGCAUGAGUUAGUUUUUAUGAACGCUGCACAGAAAAAUUCUUCUAAUGUCGAUGAAAAAUCCUGUAGAUUAUUUUAUAUGAAAACUUUAAUUUAUGUCGUUCACACCAACCGUGUGUGUGUCUGCGUGCGUGCGUGUGUGCGUGUGUGUGUGCGUGUGUCUCCGAUACCUGCUGGUGCUCCUAAUCUCAUCAUGACAUCAUCAAGACAUUACAGUCCCAUCACACUGACGUUCAUCAACUACAGAAGCUUCAUUAUUGAUUACGCUGCCGAUCAAUAACCUCGCUUUGUCCGACCGACUCAGGGUUUUUUAUAAGACUUUGACUGAACAGUUUUGAGCCGAUCGACUGAUUUAUCGUUAAUCCGAUCGGCUGUUUUCCGAAGUGCCACGUUCUCAGGUGAAACAGGAAACGUGAACGUCGGUCUGAACGUCGAGCAGAUUAAUCAAUAAUGAAGCUGAUCGGCUGCACUUGUUCAACAGAUAAUCAAUAAGCUGUGUGAAGCAGCAGCAGCGUCUGAAACGUGAGACUCCCCUUUAUGUUCUAACUGGUUUUUAUCCCCUCAGAUUGAACUUUAUGCUGGUUCCCAGUUUGCCGACGCAGAGCUGAGCUGGGUUUUUAGGGGUGUGGUGGUGCGUUCAGGGUCCUGUUGGACUCUGCAGCUCUGUGUCUGCGGCUGGUGUGAUGUGCUACUGUAUCCGAUUCUGUUUAACGAAUAAAACUUGUUUUGUUUCAAUGAA